GAGUGAGAGCGCGGGUUAGUAGUGUCCGGGAGGUUGUGGGUGCGGGCUGUGCUUCCUUUCUGCUCAGUGAGAGUACGAGAGAUCAUCCCCUCUCCCUCCUGUCCCUCUUCUCUCCCUCUCUCUCACUCCGGGAUCGCCACUGCCAUGGACGGAGUAGAAGACAUUGACCUUAACGACCCUGAGGUGCAGAAGGCAGCGACCAAGAUCCAGGCCAGCUUCCGGGGCCACAAGGUCAGGAAGGAGGUCAAGGGUCAGGUGCACCCCGCGGAGCCCAACGCUGAGGAUGAUGAGAUCGCCGCCAUUGACCUCACUGACCCAGAAUUGGCGGACGCGGCGUUAAAGAUCCAGGCCGGGUUCCGGGGCGCCAAGGCAAGGAAGAACAUGAAGAAGGAGGAUGCUGAUCUGAACCAGAAGCUUGGUAACUUAAACACGGAGGAGGAGGAAGUGGACAUUGAUCUGACGGACCCAGAGUUAAAUAAAGCCGCCACGAAGAUCCAGGCGACUUUCAGGGGACACAGACAACGUGCUAACCCUUGAUUUCCUUAAUGUAUCCCUUGUUUGGCCGCCGCCGCCGCCACCAUCACCACCACCACCAUCAGAGAGUGUGUGAGAGAGAGUGGGGGAUAGGGUGGGGUUAUUGCGUUAUCUAAAUUUAGCUUCUACUUCAUAUCAUUAUGGACUAACAGUGUCAGUGUCUGUGGUGGUGAGAAUGGUGGUGACUGCGUGUGUGGUAGCUUAGGAGGUGGUGGUGGUGGUGGCGGUGGUGGUGGUGACAAUGGGUGUCAGUGCGGGAUACAUAAGAGGACCGGUGGAAGGAUUACAAGGGUUAGGCAUGAGUGGAUGUUACCGGUCCCGUGGCUCGCUACCUCCACCAUCCCCUCCACCUCCACCGCCGCCACCAGUCACUACAUCUUGCACUCCCCCCCUUCCAUUAUUUUGUGGGGGGGGUGAUAAAAGAAAAAAAUCCGUGCUCCUCUACUUAUAGUCUUUUCAAAACGUGAACAAAACAAUAUCAUAGUCCAUAACUUUUCUUGUGGCUUUCUUACAUGCAGUUUACAGGAUUAAAAAUUAUAAAAAAUACGACAAAAAAUAUGAAUAUGUAUACUAAUUUAAAUCUCCCACAGUUACUCAGCUUCUGUCAGUGAGGUGAUUGUUUUACUUGAUGUUCUUUUGUUUCCCCAUGCGGUGAAUGCUGGACUUUCCUCCUUAAUAUCAUAUCGUUUAUAUUCCACACAGUUUUGAGUACUUAUACAAAUUAAACAGCGUAUGUACAACUUUAAGCUUGGAAUGCGUACGUCUAUUUAGAAAGGUUUCCUAGUUUAGUCAUAAGAGAGAACAGAUGUUAUAGAAGAACAGAAUGUUGUAAGGCAAGAAGGUCUACUUGAUUUAUCAGUUGAGUGGAUUAACAUUAUCAUCAUCUUGACUUCUUUCUCCAAUCUUACGGCUGACUGAGUAGUGAUGGAUUGGAUCAGAAAGCUCCAUCUGGUGAAAAACCCAAACAUUAAUCCGGUGUUUGAUAGAAUAACGUUAUCUUGGCUUGAGUUUCUGUCUUGUUACCGCCACAGCCACACUUCUCUCCGCUCACAGUCGCCGCGAUAAGACAUAGAUCAAAAGAAGUACUCAUCAAACGGGGUGGAAAAGUCAGUUAAAAUGUCUUGAGUAAUAAUUAUUGCACUCAUCAUUAAUCACCACUACAGCUUCAAGACAAAGAACCGUAUUCUGAAACCUGCGCCGCAUCUCCACUACUUUCAAGAGGCUCUAGUUGAAGUGACACGGAUUUUUAAGAGUGUUUUCAUGGUUCUAGUGACAGGUGAACGGGAUAUCUCCAUUAUUAACAGGAAAAACACUCUUGAGAACCCGGCUAAACAUUUAAGUGACCUUUGAAAAUAGUUGUGGUGAAAGAGCAGAGCGUUUCAGAAUGUGGCCGAUGUCGCUACAGUUCAUGAGUCAGCGGUGUUUUCCUUGUGAAUUGUGAUAUUUACCUCGGCUAGACAAGAGUGUUCUAGCGCUGGCUCGAAUCUCGCUUCUAAGGGUGUGUGAGGCGCUGGGGUCCCAACUCCCCAAAAUGACUUAUUCUUUCUCCGGUCACUGUGAGGGCAGCCACGCCAGCUGUACUUGAGGUGAGCUAAGAGAGGCUAAGUUUGAUUUGGUUAGGUGAGUUAACCUGUCUAAUCGAACUUUAUGUGCCCUAACCAUUAUCAGGCACACGAUUUCUGUGGUGCGCCAGGAUAGGUUAGCUUAAGUUAGUUUACCAAAUCUAAUCAAACCUAACUUGAACUAAACUAACCUAACCUAACCUAUACUGAACUAACAUAGCCUGACGUAGCCCAUUCCUAGCACAGCCGGCGUGUCUUAUCUCCCCGUGAUCCUUUCUAUUGUUCUGUGAAUGUCCAGUCAAGUCCCUUUGGAGUUUUUAUCACGUUUUGUGGAUCGACUUACUAUGUGUUGGAUCUCCACUGUCGUUGGGGAAAGGUGGAGAGCCGCCCCCCCUCCCUGUGCCGCGGCAAGGGAAGGCAGGGCACGGGAGCCUCGCCACCGCCGCGCCACCGCCACGCCAUUAAAACUAACGCCCCCAUCAGGCCAGCACGGGAGAGAAAAUUCCGCUUGAUAUUGUUGGCGCAAACUUUAAAGUAGGAUACGUAAAAAUUUUUGCCGGCCCGUUAUCGCCGCGUGGCAUCCUGUUCUCGUCAGCGUCCGUGGCGCGCGCUGGCUGGCUGGCUGGUUGGCUGGCUGGUGUCUGCCUCCUCCUCGCCGCUCUUGUUGAAAUUUUAACCACUUUAAACUAAAUAAUAUACAGACUGUUGUUCAUAUUUUAAGAUCAGAGUUCAGGAUUAUCGCUCGUUCACUGUUCUAACGUUAGCGUGUUUACCGAGUCGCCGCCGCAACGCCGAGGCCUCACCCCGCCGUCACCACCUCCGACACCGCCUCCGUCACCACCGUCACGCCGCCCCGCCACCCGAACGCGUACUCCGGCAGUGUGUUUCUGCGACGCCCCAGGAAAAAGUGACGUUAUAUUUCCAUGCAAACUGUCCUCGUUGUCCUCGCUGUCCUCGUUGUCACGGGAGUAUAAAUAAAGGUAGGAAAGGAGAUGUCAGUGUUGCCAUAUUGGACAAGGAAGCUACGGUGUUUUUUUGUGCAGGGGAGAAGGGUCCGUUUUCAUUUUUCUCGCCGUAAAUAAAAUGUGAAAGUAUAUUGCAACGUUUAAUUAAUGUAUAGAUCGCCCCGUGACAUGUAAUUAGGCUGCGACUUUGGUUGUUUUAAUCAAAUAUGAAAUUAUAGUUUGCAUAAAUUUACUCCGACAGACGGGGUAAUGUCGGGUUCGCACUUUGACAAACACACACACACACACACACACACACACAUAUAUAUGGAAAUUACAACCUCUCAUACACACGCUCAUACGCAGUCGGGAAAAUGAAAAGGUACAAUAGAAUAUAAUUUUUAUCGGUUCAAAUCACACCUUUUUUUUUUCCAGGCAGGUCGUUUCGAAACCUUUGAACCGUAUUCCGAAACAUUUACUCUUAUCGCGACUAGUCUCAACAGGCUGUAGAGGAAGUUACUAGUUUUCAGUGGAGUUUCCAUGAUUCUAAUGAUAUCUCGGUUAGAAUCCUACACCAUCAGCGAGAAAGAUACUUAAAAACACCCUUGGAAACCUGAUUAGCCAUCGACAUAGCCUUUGAAAAUAGUGCUGAAGAGCUCAAAGCGUUUCAGAAUACUAAUGUUCAUGGUCACACUGUCUGGGGCUCGUGACUCGCGUGUCGGGCUCGGAGGUGCUUGGUUCCGGAGCCAGUCAGUCACCGUUUCACUCGUGCAGCAGCUCACCCGUGCACCAUUCACUGCCGUGGGUCCUCAGAUCAAGGGGCCGUUCUUGACUUCCUGGGGGCUCUGUCAACUAAGAAGAUUCGUUUUAGUAAUAAUCUCUUUGCCAGUCUUCAUCCCCACUUAUUUACAGGGACAUUCUUGACUUCCUGUCGUUGUGUACUUACAAAAUUAUACGAAUUGGUAAAAAGUAACCUAUAACAUUCCACUUUAUGUCUACUUAGCCAGACUAAGUGAAUCAUUCGAAAGGGAUAUAUUUUUGAGUUACUGGGAUUUUUAACUCGCUAAAUGGAUGGUCUGGUAAGGAAGAUCGCCCUGUUAAGUCCACCUACAUCCUCCCAUGUGAGUCAGAGAGGCAUUCCUGAACACCCGAGCCUCUAAACUUAAGAAGAGAAUGAUCUAGUUUGGUUCUAUCGGCCCUCUCGUCCCCCAGCUCGCCUCUAACAAAGUAUUCUUGCCUUCGGUUCAAAAGCGUCGUGUUUUUUUUUAGAUUUUAAGGCUCUUUUAAUAUACAAAUCAGGCUGAGGCUCUAUUAACUUACAAAAAGGAUGAUUUAGUUCAGAUUUAUCGUCUCUCUUAUCUCUCCUCUUCGUCCAACCCAGUUUUUCAGGUUCUCAGUCAAACCGGAGUAUUCUUUGAGUUUUCAAUGCUUAUUUAACAUACAAAAAAGGCUGAGGCUCUAUAAACUUGCAAAGAGGGCGAUGUAGUUAAGAUUUAUCGUCCCUUUCAUCCCUUCCCCUUCAUCCCUACUCAAUUACUCAGUCAAUUUGGGAUGUUCUUUGAGUUUCUGAGGUUCAUUCUACAUACAAAUAAGAUUGAGGCUCUAUUAACUUGCAAAGAAGAUGAUCUAGUGAGGAAAUCUCGCCCCUGUAGCCGCCUCCUCACCUCCCCCAAUCUCCCUUCCUCCCCGCGGCCCGGCCCAGCGGCGACGUGACAGGCAGCUCUUCACUCCACUUUCUCUACUUGAGCAAUAAUCAAUCGACAUGUUGUAUCGUCAACCUCUCGCUAGUUCACCGCUGUUUUCGUUCUCCGUGACGUUUGUGAACAGAGUGAUGAAAGUGUAAGUCAAUGCAGAACAUAAUAGUAGCGUCGCUUGGUGAUUCAUAAUGUGUGAGCCUCGCCCGCCUCCUGCUUCCUCCUUCCUCCUCCUCUUGCCGAGUCUUUAUCAGUGCUAAACGCCUACUCGUCUUAUCACAGAGGAUUGACUCGCACACGUGGAGAUAAGAAAAAGCAACCAUAAGUAUCAUAAUCCUUUAAAAUUUAAUAUCAAAGGUGGUAAAGACUUUUUUUUUUUUCUAAGCCAGUGACUGUCUCGGUUAUUUAAAGACAGAACAUUGACUUAAGAGUACCAGAUCCUUUAAAACUUCAUGGCAUCAAAGGUAAUAAGAGUUUUAACGCCAGGGAAUGUUUCUGCUUAGCCUGGUGUGAAACCUGUACCCAGUCGAGAUGGCACAUAUUAUCAAAGCGUUUGCAAUUUGGCGUGAAGACGCCUUAUGUUAAUUCAAGAGUAUCAGAUCCUGUAAAACUUCAUGAUAUCAAUAGUAAGGAGGAUUAUUGUUGUUUGUAGUAAUAUGGAAGGGGAAAACAGAGGCAUGCAAUCAGUAUUUAAACGUUUACGAGCCCAAGAUGGCAACACUGCAGCCCACGUGGAGAUGGAGGGAGGGAGGCGGGACGGACGGCAAGGCAGUAGCGACAGCAAACUAAAAACAAUCAUCCUUUAUUGUUGAAAUGUCAGAAUAUUCAUGCACUCGACAAGCAAUUAUUUCUUCCCCCACCCCAGUUUUAUUAAAGGGCUAAACUCCCCACCCUCUCCUCUUCCUCCUCCUCCUCUUCCUUUUCCCCCUUUCUUUUCAAUCCCUGCAUAAAACAUUUCGAAUUUUAUGGUUGAUGGUGAAUUCAUUAAAUUAUGGCUUUGGUGGUGUAAAGAGGCUUGUCCAUUUAUAACCAUCCGCUAGCCGUUUUUCCUUCGCUGACUUUUGUGUGGUGUACUCUUGAAUUUAUCCAUCUUUUUCCCCCCAGGAGUAAUUAAUACUUGCCUGUAUAUGAAGUUAGAGUUCAUGAAUAUAUUCUUGGAACCCA